AUGGCUUCGGCGACCUUGAGCAGCCGGGACAUGAAUGUCCUCGAAAAGAUAAAAGAUCCCGAAUUCGACCCCGCCGCGGUGGUCAGAUUAGAAGCCUCACUGCCAGCAGACCCUCACAUAAAAGAUGCCGACGUAUACAAGAAGGUGGUCGAGAGAGAACGAGGAAUCGUCGCGCAGAUGCAACAAGCAGAAGACCAGCUGGAAAAGGCGGAUGCUCAAGAUGCAGUCGAAGCGACAUACAGAAAGGCCGUCCUCAGCUUUGACGAGCUUAUCCAAGAGUAUCCAGAUUAUGCAAGUGCCAGAAACAACAGGGCCCAGGCCCUGAGACGGCUGUACGGUGACACAAUGAUGUUGCCGCAAAAAGAGCCUUCACCCCAAGCCUUGGUGCCGAAGAUUGACGACACUGAGGAGCAUUCCCGUGUGGUGAACAAGACGCUUGCGGACCUUGACAGAGCAAUCGAACUGCUCUCCCCGAGAACGCCCUGGCAGGCAUUGUCACCCGCCGCCGCCAAUACCCUCUCCCUUGCUCAUACACAAAGGGCAGCUAUAUACCUGGCCGCAUCCAAGCUUGUCGCCCAGGGCGUCCCGCAAAUAUCACACGGAAGAAAAGAAAGUAGCUGGAGGACGCUCGAGUUUGAGGCUGCUGCAUCGAGGGACUUUGCCAUCGGGGGCAGAUAUGGCAAUGAUAUAGCAAAGGGCCUUGCUGUAAGCACCAAUCCGACUGCUAAGCUCUGUGGACAAAUGGUUCAGGAAAUGAUGAAGAAAGAGUAUGGGGAUGAGUUCACUCGGUGA